AUGGCUCAAGGCGCAAUCAAAAAGAGCGCGGCACAGGCGAAGAAGGGUCAGAAAUCGGCCAGCACCACCCCCAAACGCGGGUCUCGAAUCAUCGCCCCUAAGAAAGCGAAGCUGAUCCAGAAGAAGAAGUUGAUGAAAAAACAUUCAGGCGGACUUUGCGCGGUGACGGAGGAGCGAUUGGGGGCGAAGGCGGGACAUCUGGAGCUGCUGCGGGUGGGAAAGAACGCGAAGAAGGGGGAGAAGAAGGGUCCAUUGACAGCGGAGAAGAAGUGA